UCUCCUGCGGCCUUGUCUCGCCCCGGCUCUACCACGCGUCCGCCCGCGCCACACGCCGUCCGGAGCCACAUGGCCGCCUGGGACGCCCACGGCUGGCAGGCAGUGAUCAGAGGCUCUGGCCCGGAUUUCCCUUCGCGAUACUUCUCUCGGCAAUGGAAGAGCGAGUCGAUGGUUAUGGCAUUAUGGUAAUGGACUGCAAAUCUGCCAUAAUUCGGUAACAGCUGGAAAAUCCAUCACUCCGACUAUAUUUCAACUCAAUAAAUGUACUGUAAUACCUCACUUUCCUUUCGCCAAGGAGGACACUCUUCUCAAAGGUGGAUCGUAUCAACAAGUGGCCGCGCAGCAUAAUUCACUGCACAGCCGCACCAAGGCAAAACCUCCGAACAGAACGAGACUUGGGGUACAUUUACUGAACAGAAAAAAACACACUGAAACCACAACAAAAACGCGCAAGCAGUCUUGGCAUCUCUUCCGCUCAUCUACUAAUCUACGUCUUCGCUAUGACCGCGACAAGGGAACCUGCAGCAUCUCGGCGACGCCUGCUGCACCUGCUGAUCAUCUGCAUCAGCAACAUGGAUUUGGCACGCCCACUUAUGGCUCCCCAGUGCACACCUACGCCCACCUGCCGCCCGAGUAUGAUUACCACCCGCCCGUAGCCGCCUAUGCCCCACCUGUUCACGCCCGCACUUUGAUACGCGCCCCCAGGUCGAGCGACCACCACCCUGGGUCGGGGGGGAACACAUCCCUUCCCCAGCUGCCGCUGAGUCAGCAGGCCAGGACGGCGAGCAGGAGCAGCAGCGACAUGGCCCGUCUCUCGCACAAUAUCUCGGCCAUCCUCGAGAAUCUGCUCAAGAACUACAACAACCAAGUACGACCUGGAUACCACGAGGGCCGGACGACGGUGGUGAAGAUCAGUAUGCUAAUUCGCUCGAUGGGACCCAUAUCCGAGAAGGACAUGAAGUACUCGAUGGAGUGUUACAUGCGCCAGUACUGGAGCGACGAGCGACUCAAGUUCAACGGGCCGCUGGACCAGCUCACGCUCAACAUCAAGAUGCUGGAAGCUCUGUGGAAACCCGACACCUACUUCCACAACGGCCUCGGCUCCUACGUGCACAUGACCACGCGGCCCAACAAGCUUAUUAGGAUCAACCAGAACGGGGACAUCCUUUACUCUAUGAGGCUCACGAUCAAGGCCAAGUGUCCGAUGGUUCUGAGGAAUUUCCCGAUGGAUAAGCAGUCGUGUCCUCUCGUCAUCAGCAGCUUCGGCUACACAGACAAGGAGGUGCGGUACGAAUGGGCGCCCAAGAAGGUGGAGUUCGAAGAGGGAAUGGGGCUGAGUCAGUUCGACAUCUUGAACACGAAAUGCAACAAUUACUCGGUCCGAUGGAGGUCGGGGAAAGGUCUCUUCUCGGCUCUGCAAGUGAACUUCAACCUGUCCCGGAGCGCCGGCUACUUCCUCAUCCAGGUGUACGUGCCUUGCUUCCUUAUCGUGGUGCUGUCUUGGGUGUCCUUCUGGAUCAACCGCGAGGCCACGAGCGAUCGCGUCGGCAUCGGCAUCAUAACAGUGCUGACGCUGGCGACCAUCAGCCUCGACACGCGCACCGACCUCCCGAAGGUACACUACGCGACGGCCCUCGACUGGUUCAUCCUCAUGAGCUUUGGCUAUUGCAUCGCCACUCUCCUGCAGUUCGCCGGCGUCCAUUUCUUCACCAAGCCUGGAGAUCAUCGAGGACUGCAGCCCUGAGGUCGUGGAGGAGUGCGUCCAGACGUACGACUCCCCCCACGACGCCGCCUGCGGCACCUCAGUCGAGGGCCGCAUCGAGGUCGUCUUCCUAAAUUCGAAUCACCCGAACUGCCCGCGCAGCGCCGCCACGCUCUACGCCACGCUCAACUCCGACGCCGGGGUACUGAACCACGCAGGGGACUGCCUGGCCACCUUCAGGACAGCGGAGACGCAGACCGAGAAGAAGGAGCGGUGUUGGACGCAGUUCCUCCACUGCGUCGUAGGAGACGACCAGUACCGGCGGGAGCGGCAGCGGAGAGCGUGUCUCCAGCGCUCGGUCAACUCCGUCUCCGCCAUCGACACCGUCAGUCGCAUCCUCUUCCCGGCGUCCUACGGCCUCCUGAACCUGUGGUACUGGUACUCCUACUACGACACGGAGCUCAUAUCCAACUGGUCCGACCCGGGGUUCGAGAACUCGGCGAGACAGUAAAGAAGAGGCGCUGUCUAAUUCUUCUCUCUUGUCAUUAAUGAAUUAAGCUUUGGGUUAUUGUGUGACAGUUUCCUUCGCCAUAGUAUAGUGUUGCCUGUAUAUAAUCUGUAGGCUACAAAGAGGCCCUUCAAUACGUAAAAGCUCUAGGAAAACAACGUGUCUGCUAGAUAUGACCCUCCUGAACGGAGAUGCUAACUUUCUCAAGAAUCCAGGAAAUUUCGGAGGGAAAAGUUUAUCAAAAUCGAUACACGUUACAACAGACCAAUCGAUGGUUGUUCAGAUCUUAAGUCAGGCACUUGUCUGACAUCCAGUGUCACUGAUGCGCUGCAAUACUGUGUUUUGUUCAGUGCAAGCUUUUCGAUUGCCCAUACCUAACAAAUGCCACUUUCCAAUAAUAGACGGAGGAAGUGACAGGUACUCUGAAACAAUUUAUUUUUGUAAAAUAAAACUCACAAAAAGGAAAGCACAUUGAAAAAAAAAUCUUUUGCGUAGGUCACUGCCCCAGUGCUAUUGUGAAAUGUAUGUUGUCAAUAAUGCAGCGUAAUUCGGCCGUUAUCCUAUCAGGCACUCCUAUCUUAUCUAUCACCUUGAGUUUGGCAUCCCUAUCUAUGCGUCCGAUAGCGCUGCCAGUGGGUCACUAGCGUAGAUAACGUAGUCUGGCCUUGAGGGCAACCGACACCAUUCAGCCUCGUCAUGCUAUUGUUUCUUGUUUACUUGUUGCUGGGUUCGCCUAUUAUUCACAGGACAUAGUUUUGUGUACGAGCACUAUAAUCAACACGACACAUUGCUGUCUUGCUGUGAGACACCCUGAUUAUGAUUUGUGUAUAAUGGUAUACUGCAUUAUGGUCUGGCGAAGCUAUGUGCACACGCAGAAAACAGACUCAUACUCAUGUGCAUAUAUUUGUAAAUAAUUAACCGUGCAUACCCCAGUGUUGUGGCAGCUACAGCGUAAUCACAAGCGUUACCCAUGUGGCUUCAUUCAAGCAGCUUCCAAACGAAUAUAUUUUGUAAAACUACCUUAUCAGUAAUGUAGACCCCGCCUAGCCAAUCAAAGGUUCAAAGGGUUCCCUUGCGCUUCUCUUUGCCAACGGAUAAUUAUUAUUCUCCUAAGGAAACUAUUCCUUACUUUACUUUAUGAAAUUCAUUCGUCAAAAUCACGAUUAUUCUAUAUCUAUAAUCUGAUCCUCUGGACCAUCCUGUAAUGUCGAGAGCCAAAGGUAUUUACUAGAAAAGUGUAAAAAUUAAUUCUGGAAUCCCCUUCUAUUUCUGCUUCAACUCUAACUCAACUCAUGCUAACAACAAGAGCUUAAAUCAUCCAUCCAGAAAUUUCUUACAUUGUUUGUAUUGCAGUAGUAAAUUAUUACAAUGUGACAACACAAUAAACUUAUUCGUC